CGAUUUUACCUCAAUGAAUCAGAUCAUCAGGAAUAUCAUCAAUUAGACCUCAUAUAUCGCCCAUUCAGUACGUAUUAGUUGUGUGACACAUACCUACCUGUUACCCAACCUAGGUUGUUACGCGGAUGAAUAGCUGACUUAGGUAUGGGAUAGCCAAAGACAAUCCUCAAGUUUACCACUGACGCUAUGGUGUACAUCAUGGAGUUCGAAGUGGACGGUGGCUGUCGAGGCAACGGCUACAGUCACGCCGAAGGAGCUGCCGCUGCGUGCCUCAUGACAAGAAGCUCCUCUUACUAUACCAGGACGCGACGCCUAGAUGCUACACCGCAGUGGGCGACGAGUCAGAGAGCCGAAAUUCUGGCCAUUAUCAUUGCUCUAGAAUGGGCGUUGGAGAAAUAUGAUGAGUUGGAAUCAGAACCCAAACUAGCCGUCUCGAUUAAGUCAGACUCUAGGUACGCGGUCAAUUGCAUGUCUAAAUGGGUCUACAAAUGGUGCAAUAACGGAUGGAUAAAUGCAAAAGGAGACGAGGUCGCGAACCGAGAUCUAAUUGAGGAAGCCUCUGACCUGGACGAUCGUGUCAAGGAGCUGGGGACUGUUGACUAUCUCUACAUCCCAAGGGCGCAGAACACAGAGGCUCACAAAGCCUGCGAUGAACUUCUGAGUGGCGAAGAAGACGCUUCGACCGGAUAUAGCUCUGACGGCUUCUGGUAACAUAUUUUCAUGUCCGAGCGAUGGAUGGCCUCUCUUCUAGGUGUGCAUCCUCUCGCACUCUUGCUGCUUCUUGUCGUGUUGUUAGUUGUGACAGAGCUGUCUGAGACCUGCUCUUCUAGAACUUACAAGUUACCCCGAGCAUUAGGCUACUUCAAUGAGAUUCAAAUAAUCAAUUUUAUAUUAAUUUCAUAUUGAAA